GGGACAAAUAAUUCCUAGAUUGAUUCGUUUUAUCAGUUGUCUGGAAAUAAAUAUAAUAUCCUAUCAAUUUUUACAAGUGAGAAAUAUGGUUACUUAUGUUCAAGGCCUUCUUCAAAAAGGCCAAUUGACCCAAGCUGAAGCAUAUAUGUUCAGUGGCGAGGUCACUCAUCGCUCAGUAGACCGGGUGAAGAAUGAUGAAGAGGACACGGUUCUUUUUGCCCAAAUCCUGUCAGUGAAGAGACCGAAAACUGAUGCAAGGAAAUUGCUUUACAGCACGGGAGGUAGUAUCUCCAAAUAUGAUCUCCUUAUUCUUUUCCGGGAAAUUAUGCAUGGUGGCUGUUUCUACAUGAUCUUCAAGACAAGCAAUGAGACCCACAGAGCUCUGCUUCAUUUAAGUCCUCCUUAUCUUGGAAGAACAGUUGCUCUGUACGAGCCUACCCAAGCUGCGACCGUCCAUAACAUCAAUGUCAUAGAAUGCAGCACUAGUCUGGUCCCCCUCACCUGCCAAAUACAGAACAUGAGGGUUACGGACUGGACUGAGCAUCUUCCAGACCUGGAAGAUGCUCAGCAUGUCGGGACUUUCUUAGUGCAGCUCAAUAGUAUUAAAGUUAGCCGAGCAUGUGCCAUCAGUGCCUGCUCAAGCCGAGAGUGCGAUUCUAACCACAUGCCAUACAAGCCUUGCCCAUUCAAUGGAAAUGCAUCGUCGUUUGCUCUCUGCAUAUCCCUGAAUAUUACACUUGAUUGCAAGAGGUAUGACUACUCAAUUUAUAACAAUGUAUUUAGCUUCACCAGCGAGAACCUUGCCAAAAUUUUCGUGCACAAGGAUUCCCUUAAGUUGAAAAUGCUGGACGUGGAUGAGCUGAGGCGUGCCGUGGCGCAGGUGGUGGCAUACUACAAGGAACAGGGCGUGCCGUGGCUGUGUGCAUGCUGGUUUAAGCGCUGCUAUGAAGACGAUGGUUCCCCUAGCUCCUAUAGGAACCUCCACAUCUCUUCCCUUUGGCCCAAAAGAGUGCUCGAGGACGCGCCUCUCUACCGCGAAACUCCUGAAAGCAACCUAGCUAUUGAAUAUCCUAUUCACGGUUAAUUUACGGAAGCAACAUCAAAGUUGAGUUGCCAGAUCUCAAAUGAAAUGAUUUGACGUCAUUAUUCAGGCUAUUAAAGUCCAUGGAUGUCGGCGAGCCUUAGAAUUACAGCUACAGCUGCCAUUUACACGUUUACAUUUAUAGCCUAAACUUGUAAUGUAUGCUGAGCACAAUAAAUGCUCAUAUUAAUUUUUUUUCCUUUGAAUGCGUUAAAUUUCAUUCUAAUUUUGUUCUACCGCAUGUGGUCAGAUCUGAGGAUUGGAAAUGUAGGUUAUUAGCUUCAUUGUUAUGCUCACGCAAAACAGUGAUUACAAAUUGAGUUGCCAUCGUUAUUAAAAUUUGGUCUAAAUAUAAAGGUAAAAUACC